AGCAGGUUUGUCAAUAAACGAUAUAGUAUAUUUUUAGAAUAAUGCGACAAAUACUUAGCUUCUCAGCAGGUUUCAUAUAUAAAAUAAAGAAAGAAAGAUUUGGCGUAAAAUAUAUAAAUAUAAUUAAUCGAUUUACGCAUUUAAUUCGUAUCAAAAUGGACACUGCUCGACAUUAUGAUAAUCCAUUUGAAGAUUAUCCUAAUGCUACAGUAAAUUUUGUUGUGAAUACAGCAACUAAUGAAAUCACUGAAAAUUAUAAAGAAACAUUAAAAAUACAAACAAAGAGAUUAAUAGAUCAAUUGGAAGAAAAUGAACACCAGUGGACUUAUCAUGAUGAUUAUUCUGUAUAUACUGGGUCAGCAGGAAUUGCAUAUAUGUUUUAUCAAUAUGGAAAGUGUUUUAAUGAACCACACUAUAUUGAUAAAGCAAUGGAAUUAAUAAGAAUAUGUAUACAUAGAUGCAGAAGCAAAAGAGAAAUUACAUUUUUGACUGGUAUUGUGGGUCCAUUAACUUUGUCUGCAAUUAUGUUUCAUUCGCAAAACAAUUCUACUACAACACAAGAUAUAAUUUCAAGAAUAAAAUCACUAUCUUCUUAUGUUUUGGAUGAAAAUAGUGGUUUGCCUGAUGAAUUACUUUAUGGAAGAGCUGGUUAUCUCUUUUCUCUCCUUUUUUUGAAUUCAAAUAUAUUUCCUGCUCCCAUAGAAGAUGAACUUAUUAAAAAGGUUAUUGCAGUCAUAAUUAAAUCUGGAAAUUUGUAUUCUGCUUCGAGAAGAUAUAAAACACCUUUAAUGUAUAUUUGGCAUGGAACAGAAUAUGUUGGUGGUGCACAUGGAUUAGCUGGAAUACUUUACAUAUUGUUACAAGCACGAAAAUAUUUAACAAAAGAUCAGUUAGAGAAAGAUAUAAGACCUGCAUUAGAUUUUCUUCAGAAUUUACGGUCUUCUGGAAACUUUCCAACUGCUAUUGGAAGCCACAGUGAUAAAAUACAAUGGUGCCAUGGUGCACCUGGAAUGACUAUGUUAUUCUGUUUAGCUUAUGAGAUAUAUGAAAAUAAAAAUUAUUUAAAAACUGCUCUACAAUGUGGAGAAUUGAUUUGGUCAAGAGGAGUACUUAAAAAGGGAUAUGGAAUAUGUCAUGGCGUAUCUGGAAAUGCAUAUACGUUUUUAUGUCUUUUUCAACAAACAAAGGAUGUGAAAUACCUUUAUAGGGCUUGUAAGUUUGCAGAUUGGUGUAUGGAUUAUGGAACACAUAGAAAAAAGAUUCCUGAUAGACCGUUUUCAUUAUUUGAAGGUCUUGCUGGUACAAUUUAUUUCUUGAUCGAUAUUCAACAACCGCUUUCAGCAAAAUUUCCAGGAUAUACUAUUUAAAUUCAAUAUAUUUCGAUAAUACACAUAUUUCCUUUGCGUGAAAAUUAAUAUCUAAGAAAUAAAAACAAUUAUCAAAUUCAUAGAUUUUGUCUAUAUAAUUCGUCUAUAUAUUAUAUAUUUAUAUUUCGAAUAUGUAAAAAUCAAUAUAUAUCUUAUUGAAUAAACAAAAUAAAAUAACUUACAGUAUCAUA